UGCUUCUCCUAUAUAAACUUCUAAACAUAAAUGUCACACACACAGAAAAAUCUCGACAUCUCCAGAAAUAGUCCCAAAACUUGUCAAAAAUUAAAAACAACCCCAAACAUAAAAAUGAGAAACAAUCUCGUCCCUCUAGCUCUCUCCUUCCUCGCCGUCACCAUCCUCCUAACUCCAUCAAUGGCAGAACCAGAACCUUCCUUUAUCUUCCCCGUCCAUCAACUCCUCAACAAAAGCAGCUCAUGGCUCGACUUUCCGAACAAAUUCAACCAACCAAAGAUCGAACUAACCGCAUCAACACUCAUAGCCGUUGUACUGUCUUUCCUCGCCGCAACUAUCUCAAGCGCAGGAGGCAUCGGCGGCGGAGGUUUAUACGUUCCUAUAAUGACCAUCGUCGCGGGACUCGACUUGAAAACAGCUUCAAGCUUCUCCGCUUUCAUGGUAACAGGAGGAUCCAUAGCAAACGUGGGGUGCAAUCUUUUCGUCAGAAACCCUAAAGCUGGAGGCAAGACGAUGAUCGACUUCGACUUGGCUCUGCUUCUUGAACCGUGUAUGCUUCUUGGAGUUAGUGUCGGAGUGAUAUGCAACCUCGUGUUCCCAAACUGGCUUAUAACGAGUCUCUUUGCCGUGUUUCUUGCGUGGUCAACGGUGAAGACGUUUGGAAACGGGUUUUAUUACUGGAGGUUGGAGUCGGAGAUGGUGAAGGUCAGAGAGGCGAGUAUGGUCGGAGAAGAAGAUGAGAAGAUGGAGAGUGUGAAGUUUCCUCUUUUGGGAGAUUAUGAGAGACCAAAGAGGUUUCCAUGGAUGAAGCUUGGAGUUUUGGUGGUUAUUUGGCUCUCUUACUUUGCAGUUUAUCUUCUUCGCGGAAACAAAUACGGCGAGGGAAUCAUAUCAAUCGAGCCAUGUGGAAUAACUUACUGGCUCCUCUCAUCAACUCAAAUACCCCUCACUCUCUUCUUUACUCUUUGGAUCUGUUUCAGUGACAGUGUUCAAGGCAGCCAAUGUUCUGAUCACCAAGUCCCAGUAAAGGAUGUAGAAGAUCUGAGAUCAAAUGAUGGAAGAAGAUCAAACAAGUGCAUGUUUCCAGUAAUGGCUCUAUUAGCCGGAGUUUUGGGUGGUGUUUUUGGUAUUGGAGGCGGAAUGCUCAUUAGCCCUCUCCUAUUACAAGUUGGUAUCGCUCCUGAGGUAACUGCAGCAACUUGUUCUUUCAUGGUAUUGUUUUCAUCGACAAUGUCUGCAAUUCAAUACUUGUUACUAGGCAUGGAACAUACUGGAACUGCAAGUCUAUUUGCGAUUGUAUGUUUUGUGGCAUCACUCGUUGGACUAAUGCUUGUCCAAAAGGUUAUAAACCAAUAUGGAAGGGCUUCGAUUAUUGUGUUCUCAGUUGGUAUCGUCAUGGCACUGAGCAUUGUGUUGAUGACCAGCUAUGGAGCUCUUGAUGUUUGGAAUGAUUUUAUCUCUGGCAGUUACAUGGGUUUCAAAUUACCUUGCUGAAACCAAACAAAAAGGUUUUGGUUUCUUUGGUUAAUAGUUUCAUAAUAGAUGUGUAUACCCAUCAUGUUCAAUUCUUGCAUGUUUUUGUUGCUCGUUGUUCCAUUGUUCAUUAGAAUUUUCUACAUUUUUGUAUGAUUUUUAAAUCAAUAUUCAGAAUGCACAUCUCGUGAAUUCUGAAUACAUGGUCAAAAUAAGAUAUGUUGUAAGACCAGAACUAUGCAUUUCUUGGAUAAUUUUAUUGCCACGAUUAUAUAUA